AUGUGUGACCGAAAGGCUGUGAUCAAGAAUGCCCAUAUGUCGGAGGAGAUGCAACAGGACUCGGUGGAGUGUGCUACUCAGGCCUUGGAGAAAUAUAAUAUAGAGGAGGACAUUGUGGCCCAUAUCAAGGAGUCCGACAAGAAGUACAGCCCCACCUGGCACCGCAUCGUAGGGAGGAACUUCGGUAGUUAUGUGACACGUGAAACCAAACACUUCAUCUACUUCUACUUGGGCCAAGUGGCCAUUCUCCUGUUAAAAGCAUGGACUGUGCCACACACCCAGUGAUCCAUCCAAAAACAAGGACUGCAGCCUAAAUUCCAAAUACCAGGGACAGAAGUCUUCAGCCUUGGUGUUCCUAAGGGAACACCUCCAUCUUUGAACCUUUAUUGUGUUUUGUACAGGGCAUUCUCUGUACUAGUUUGUGGUUAUAAAGCAAUUAGCAAAACAGCUUACAUCUGUAUUUAUUUUCUAUUCCACACCUCUCUGCCCCAUGUUUUUUCUCUUCAAAAUCCAUUCCUUUAAAGAAAUAAAUCUGUUGGAGAAGUGUGUGCUAAUUACCGUUUGUUCAAAUAAUCUGUUGAAGAUGGCCUAUUACUUGCUCUUGGGUAGUCUGUUGGGGGUGAUUUCUUGAAGUUUCUGUGGGAUGUAACAGACUAGCCUAUUCAACACAUUUGAGUUUCUUUCUUGCCCAUCCUGCUCCUGUUGUGCAUGGAAGAAUACUACUCAGAAGUGCAUGUUGAAAAAUGCAUGACAGGGAAACUACUGGAUUAACUCUUACUCCUAACCUGAUAAAUACAUUCCUUAAGUGCUCCUUCUGUGAUAACUGCUAUACAGUGUUCUGGGCCUUAGGCCUCAAGAGAUGAUGAAUGUGUAGUAGAACUCUAAGUUUUCUAUGGCUAUAAAAUGGAAAUAAGCUGGCGAGAAAGUUGGGCUAGUGAGAAAUUUGUUGGGCUCUAGACAUUUCCCCUCCCCUGCCUUGGCCAAAGUAUACUCUAAAGAUUAAGGGUGGUCUUAAAGGGAAAAAGCUUUUGAGCAGCGGCCCUCCAUGUGAUUCUAAUAAAGUCUGCAGGAAUUAAAAAAAAAAAAAGAAAUGAUUUUGAGAAACAAUAUUUCCUUUAUAUACACAGAGUAUAAAAGGUGAGGGGAAAAAAAAGGAAGAUCUCUUCUAUUAAGGCAUCAGAAUAGAUUUAUUUUCAAGCCAAAGCAAGUUUUUUGUUUAUUUUAGACACAAAAAAUAAACAGAUGGUUCACAGUUGAAGGAGGGAUGGGGGUGUGUGUAGGAGAAGAGAGAUGUCUGACAUCUCUCAGUUUUACUUUCUAUUGUGGUUUUCAUCGUGAUUUGUGGGUUAACACUGAAAGUCCAUGACUUCCCAGAAAGUCAAGACAGUUUUCACUCUGUCCGUGGUACUACUGCAUACCAGCCUCCCUCUAAUCCAGCGGCUCAGGAGGCCGCUUCUGUGGACCACAGGUUGUGGUGGGGGCAGGGGUCUGAAGGGUUUUCCUUUCCUACAACAUCUUUUCUGUGAGCUGUUCACUCAGUUAUACUGCUCAGAGCACAAGAGGCUCUCACAAAAACACAGAUCCCUGACCUGGAAACAGAAUACUUUUAAAUUGCUCAGGCCCUGGCGAAGUUAGUUUCUCAGGGGCUGAUGCAGUCAUACUGUGGGAAUGGAGUACAGAACAAGCUCUUCUGAUGACAUAAGAAAGGAUCUAGAAUAUGGCCAAAAGCCACCUGGCAAAUGGCACUUCCAUGAGCAGGAAAGGGGUAGCAGGGUUCAGAGUGGUCACUAUCCCUCUCUGCUAGUCUUAUCUGCAGUUAAGAUUUAAUAAUGUGAGGCAAGGGAUGGAGUGGCUGGGGGAGAAGUCAUUACAGAUGAUUAACAUUUAGCCUAAUUCUAUCGUUGAUCAGCAGUGCCUAUUAAGGGUAACAGAUAUCGGGGGGUGGGGUGGGGGGGAAUUCAUAAAGCAACCAGAUUUUCACCUCCCCUGUUCCUAUUUGCAACUUAAUUGUAAAACAAAACAGAGCAAAAAAAAAAAUCUAGUAACAGGGACAUUUGAUUUAUUGGAGAAAACAGGCCUCCUAACUGGGUAGAAUUCACACUCUAAGAACACCAAGGAGAUGCAUGCCCAAGAGAGCAAGCUGAAGAAUUUUUUGGGGGAAAAUAUGAAAACAAAAAUUCUUUGGGUUUAAUCAGCUUCAAAGUAAGAAGACUCAGACUCACAGUCGUAGCUACCCAGAAUAUAAUAUUCUCUGCUAAGAGUAGAUGAUCCACUCCAGAGGAAACUCUGACAGUAAAAGGAUAGACAGUAAUUAAGGGGCAUGACUACAGAGUACUGAAAAUUUCAAAGGGAGAGGAUAAACAAGUAAAAGCUCAAAUUUAAACCUAUUGGCUGGAAAAACCUUUUGCUGAGAAUCUACCUAAAUUUCUUUCCUUUGCACCGCAGCUUUUGUCAUAUCUCCCCAUUUCCAUUUCUUCUUUCAUUGGCUGUAAUAUAAAAUCUAAGUAUAUUUAGUUCGCACUUACUAAAAUAAAGCUUGAUUUUUCUCUUCUGUCUCCCAUCACUUAGUCACUCGUAAAUUUUACCUUUUUGAUAAUUUACCAUGAUUACAAAAGAAAUGCAUAUUUGUUGUAAUUUGAAGACAUGGAAAAGUACAUUAAAAUACUAAAAUCAUCUAUUGUCUUGGACACAAGUGUUAAACGGAUUGUUGAGUAUCUUUAUAGACUCUGUCCAAUGUGCAUCUACAUGCAUGUGCAUAUGGCCUGUGAGUGUACACGUGUGCAUGCACACACAUAUACACUUUCUCUCUCUCCCCUUCUAGAGAAUUUGGAGCUUUUGAAGAUUGCUGGUUACAAGCCAAGCCUCUGGAGAAUGGAGUUUAUUCCACCUACUACCAACAGAUGGCGGUAAGGGUUGAUGAGUUAUUUCAAUAUUGGUCAUCCCAGUUAGAGAUUCAUUUAAGGCCCUAGGGGGUCACUGGUAGUGCUUGUGUUAAUUUAUUUUAUGAACAUUAUGAAGCCAAAAAACAAACAAAAAAAAGCAAUAUGUGGGAAAAAAAAACUACGAAAAAGUAUACACACAAUGUAAACAAAAACUGAUUAUUUUAAGUGUGAAAAAAGGUGGGAUAUUCCUCAUGCAUAUAGGAUGAUCGCUUGUUUGACUGAGUAAGUGAACUGCCUCUGAAGGACAAAGAAACUUCCCACCCUGUGAGAGAGGUUGUGCCCAGGCAAAUGACAAUAACCAGCAAGAAGGAGGGAGAGGGGACUGAAAGGAAGAAAAACCCAAACUUUGACCAUGUGCUAUCAAAUUAGCAUCCACCCUGGAAAGCCUAUGACCUAGCGAGUCAAUUCAGGGGAACAGAAGUAACAGCUUACAUUAAUACAGCUUUUAUUUUAUGCCAGACACUGUUUUAAGUGAUUUAGGUCAAAUAUUUUUAAUCUUCCCAGCAAUCUUUUGAGUAGGUAAAGUUUUAUUACACUUUGUAGAUGUGAAACUGAGGAGAGAGAGUAUGGGACCCACUGAAGGUUACACAUUUGUGCUGUGCUUGGUCGUGUCCAGCUCUUUACGACCCCAUGGACUGUAGCCAGCCAGGCUCCUCUGUCUGUGGGGAUUCUCCAGGCAAGAAUACCGAAGUGGGUUGCCAUGCCUUCCUCCAGGGGAUCUUCCCAACACAGGGAUCGAACCCAGGUCUCCUGCAUUGCAGGCGGAUUCUUUACCAGCUGAGCUACCAGGGAAGCUGGUAAGUAACAAAGAUGAGAGGCAGAGUUUGCUUUGGUCAACCAUGUGGAUAACUGCAGAUACUUUACUUGCCAACUGCAGAACAUGCCAGAGGUUCAAAGCAGUUUCCAGUGUUGAGUCUGCAUAGCUCCAAGCAGGUGGCGUAAGGAUGAGAGUGGACUCUGUAACUGCUGUCUCUGAGACAGAUACUGAUAACAUUCAGAAAGUUGUUACCUGACCUUCUGGGUAGGCAACAUUGUUCUAUUUGGAAAAAGAGGCCCAAGACAACAAAUGUACCAGUCAGGAGGAGGCAUGGCUGGCUUUAAAGCUUCAACAGAGUAACUACAUGUAUCUGUGUGGUGGGAAUGGAUUUAUGAACUAAGAGCCAAAACUUCCUUGUGACUGUGGACUUGUGAGAGAAAAGGGAAAAAAAUUCACACACAUAUAUGCACACACAGGUGAUACUGUAUAUACAGUUCUCUAAUUUGCUUUUUUUUUUUUUUUUUUUGCUUCUUUAUCUUUUGAAUGACUUUCCAGGAAAGCGAAUUUCCUACAAUUUGCUUUAGCUCUUCUAAAAAUGGUUGAAUAGGAGAAGGAAAAGAAAGUAUAAACUAUACGCAUUCUGCUAAGAGCAAAGUUUGUUGGACAAGGCCUAAAAUAGAAAAAGCAGAAGGAGCUGUGUAUCCAUGUUAUCCUGAAUCCUUACUAUUCUGAAUAGUUCAACUUGUUCUCUUUUCUUUAUUUACUUAGUCUAAGAAGUGGUAAGCAUCUGAAGAUAAGGUAUAUGUGAAAUUUUAAAAUCAGGCAAUCAAUAUCAGACAGGUAUUUUAAGACUUUCAGCUUUUUGGUCUUGAAGAUUCUCGCUGUCUGUGUAAGACAUCUAAGAUACAAAAAUGAAAGGUAUAGAAAGAUAUUCCAUUUGUGAGUCCAGUCAUUUUGGCUUGAUCCCUUAACGUUGGGUCACUGCCCCUUUCCCUUGCACUGGACGGCUGGGUCUGCUCUGCGAAUACUUGAUUCUGCAUAUGGGACAGAAGAGGAAGGCACAUCUGAUGCGGCUGGAAUGGCAGCCAGGGUUUGAAGGUGGAAAAUAUUUGGCAGGAAAAGUUGCUGCAGUCCUAAAGGUCAAAGGCAAACGUAGUGCUGAAGCUGAAUGGGACACAUGAAAGACGAGUACAGUCCAGAAGGAGAUCAGAUGAAGAAAUCAAGCCACACAUAUUUACAGCAUGUCUCCAGUAGGCCCUUCACCAUCCAAGGCCUAUGAAAAAUAUGUAAGA